UCUCCUCAGGUCUCACCACCACCGCUAUCUCCGCCUCGGUCUCUCCAUUUCGUCUCCCCGGUCGUCGUGUCCGGUGUCCCCCUACAGGCCGGCCUCCUCCCCCUCCAUCGACCACUACAGCUUAGUAGGCCGGACCCAUACUCAUGGAGAAACGGAGAAGAAGCGUGUGCGCCGUGGCGGCGGCGGCCCUGGUGGCGGCAAUGCUGUCCUCACUGACCGGGGCGGCGUACGGCGGCGGCAUGUCGCCGGGCUACUACAAGACGACGUGCCCGCAGCUGGAGGACAUCGUGCUGAAGGAGGUGACCAGGAAGAAGAACGAGACGAUCGUCACCAUCCCGGCGGUGCUCCGGCUCUUCUUCCACGACUGCCUCGUCAAUGGCUGUGACGCUUCAGUCCUGAUAGCCUCUCGCAACCAAGACGCCGAGAAGAACUCCCCCGACGACGACUCCCUCGCCGGCGACGGCUACGACACCGUCAACCGCGUCAAAGCGGCCGUCGAGCAGAAGUGCCCCGGCGUGGUCUCCUGCGCCGACAUCCUCGCCCUCGCCGCCAGAGACGUCGUCCACCUGGCGUCCGGCCCCUACUGGAGCGUGGAGCUCGGCCGGCUCGACGGCCUCGUCUCCAAGGCCAGCGACGUCGAGGACAAGCUGCCCGGCCCGGACAUGCACGUCAAGGAGCUCACCGACAUCUUCUACCGGAGCGGGCUGUCCCAGCGCGACAUGGUGGCGCUCUCCGGCGCCCACACCGUGGGGUUCGCGCACUGCAGCCGCUUCACCAAGCGGCUGUACAACUACAGCAGCACCGUGAAGCUCGACCCGUCCUUCAACCCGGAGUACGCGAAGCGGCUCAUGGAGGCGUGCCCGCCCGACGUCGGCCCGACCAUCGCCGUCAACAUGGACCCCUUCACCCCCGUCGUCUUCGACAACAUCUACUACCAAAACCUCAGGAACGGCAUCGGCCUCUUCACCUCCGACCAGGCGCUCUUCACCGACGGGGGGUCAAGGAAGACGGUGGAGGAGUUCGCCGACAGCGAGCCGAGGUUCUUCCAGGCCUUCGUGGAGUCGAUGAUGAAGGUGGGGAGACUAGGGGUGAAGACCGGCGGCGGCGGAGAGAUCAGAAGAGACUGCACUGCCUUCAACCACUAAAUGGCCGGCCGCGGCAGUGACUGUAAUUCAGAUGUAUUUUGUUUUUUCUGAGUUUGGUAUACAUGUACCGUUUCUUAGUAGGGGUUUUCGAUAGACAUACACUGAGCUUGAUUCUUUUGCAUACGCAAUCCGUCCAGUGUUUGAGGGUUGCUGUCUUUUUAACUUUUCUCUGUUUUUGAUUAUUGUUUGUGGGUGCAUUUUUGUACAGCCUGAAGAGUGUAAUGCCAUUGAUGCAUGAUGAUAUCUCCAAGAAAAAAAAGGUUAUUCUGAUGAAUAGGACAAAUAAUAAAGGGAAAUGGUUCUGAUUCA